GGCGACUUUGCCCCACAUUACCUGUUAAGUAAUUUCCGUUUCCUGUCGUCGCUACGGAGGAGGUGACGUCAACACAUCCUGAAGCAUGGCUGGCCGACGAGCUACACUGAAGGCCAUUGACUGGUUGGCGUUUGCAGAGAGGGUGCCUCCCAACCAGAGGACCAUGUUCAACAACCUGAAGACAAGAAGUGAUGCUAUUUCUGCAAAACUCACCUCUCUGCCUGAGAAGCCUGUUGCCAUUGACUGGGCCCACUACAGAUCUGCGGUGGCUAAAGCAGGCAUGGUGGAUGAAUUUGAAAAGAAGUUCAGCGCCCUGAAGGUCCCUGAGCCUGUAGACACGCAGACAGCACUUAUCAAUGCUCAGGAGGCAGAAGCGAACAAAACAGCCACUGCCUACAUUGAAGCAUCCAAGGCUCGCAUAGCCCAAUAUGAAAAAGAGCUGGACAAAUUCAGAAACAUGAUUCCAUUUGACCAGAUGACCAUUGAAGACCUGAAUGACACAUUCCCAGAAACGAAACUGGACAAAGAGAAGCACCCAUAUUGGCCACACAAACCCAUUGCUGAUCUGUAAAUGUAGCACACUAUCCAUAUUGUAUGUGCUGUAUCUUCCACUGCAGAAAACCUGUACAGUAUGUGUAUAAAAGUCUAGUCUUUUUGUCCAUUCAGGAGUUAUGAAAUGGAAAUGUAGUUUUUUGUUUUUUUUUGUCUGGAUCCACUGUCUGGAUGGAGUAAAAAAAAAAAAAAAAAAAGGAAAUGGA